AGCUGAAUACCUCUGCGUGUUGCGACUCUCCGAGUUUCUGAGGAAAUCAUCAAUGGCGGACGUCCGUACACAACCCCAUCAACUCCAAGUUCAUCCACAACGCCAGCACGAAGGCGGCGUGAAAACCCUCCUUCCCCAGCGUGGCCCCUCUGCUACUCAGGUGCUGGCGGUGGUGACGGGGAUACCGGUGGGGGGGACACUGAUGAUACUGGCGGGUUUGACACUAGCAGGUUCGGUGAUAGGGUUGAUGGUGGCGUUUCCAUUGUUCGUGAUAUUCAGUCCGAUAAUAGUGCCGGCGGCCAUUGCGGUAGGACUGGCGGUGAUGGGAUUUCUGGCGUCGGGGGCAAUAGGGCUGACGGGUUUGUCGUCAAUGUCGUGGGUUCUCAACUAUCUGAGCAGAGCGAAAGAGGCUGUCCCUGAACAGAUCGACUAUGCCAAGCGCAGGAUGGCUGGCGUGGCUGGCUACGUCGGUUCCAAGACUAAGGAUGUCGGCCAAUCUAUAGAGACCAAGGCUCAUGAAGUGCAGAUUUCUACAUGAGCUAUAUGUUUCAUCGUGUGUGUCACUUUAAUUUUAAACAAAAAAAAAACAAGGGUUUUGUGUUUUGCUUCUUUUUUUCUCAAGUGGGACGUUUUAGUGUUUCAAUGUUGGUUGCAUGUACGACGUUUUUUGGUGAGUUAUUUUUGUAACUGAUAAUAAUGUUGAGACAUUUCCUCUCUUUA